AUGGCCACUGGACCACGGAAGGGGGCUUUGGUGGCCAUAGGACUUGGGCAAUUUGGCCUAAGCGUUCUGCAGACCAUGUUCAUGUUCUAUUAUGUAAAAGUGUUCCUCAACAAAUUCCAUGUUCAAACUUGGUGGUUUAACCUAGCUCAAACAUUGUUCAUGAUCUGGAAUGCGAUCAACGACCCAUUAUUUGGCUAUUUGCAGGAAGUUCCUGGAACUUGGCUAAACAAUCGUCAGAAAGUAAUUCGCUUAUUUUCACCAUUUAUAGUGGGUUCUUUCAUUUUUAUGUGGUUUCCUUGGAAUACAUCUGGAAGCGAUUCUGAAGGAAUUCAUCUAAUACUUUCACUUUUUUUCUACGACGCAUUUUUUAGUGCAAUCGGUGUUGCUUGGGGAGCGCUUUUUGCUGAUACGACAGCUGAUCAGCCACAAUUGCGAGUAAAAGCUAUGAAAUAUUCGCAAAUUGCGAUAUUAUUAUCUGUUAAUUGUAUUGCAAUUACGGAAAAGACAAGUCACAGCUUACAGAACUUUACUAAUUUCCAAAUUGUGAUUUGCUUAAUCUCGCUUAUUUCUUUCUUUUGUCUGUGGACUGCAGGAGGAAUUGAAGCAAGAAAUCAAUGUAAUAAGGAUGAUUCAGAAGAAAACGAUGAUUUAAACGAGCUGAUCGAUGAUAAUCGAAAAAAACCACUAACGUUUUCACAAAAUCUGAAAUAUGCCAUUGAAACUACAAAACAAGUAGUAUAUGAAAAAAGCUUCUUAGCGAUUAUCCUAACAAAUUUCCUUCAAACUUCAAGAAGUAUAGCGCAUAUGAAUUUUGCUUCAAUUGCCACAGAGCUCAUAAUCCCACAGGAUAUUCUGCCCAGUGGUUCGUUCCGUUUGAGUAUCUUCUUCGCAGUUUUAACAUUGGGACCUCAACUAAUUCUAAUUUUCAACGAGAAGGCAAUUAAUAAGGCAGGAUCAUUCAAAGUUCUCCAAUUUAGCUAUAUCAUUUCAUUCUUCUCCGGAUUCCUAUUAGUUUUCUCUUCAAGUCCUUACUUGAACAUGAUAUUCAUGAUAAUUGACAGUAUCACGGUCCACACAAUUGCACCAAUGUUUAAUAUAAUAAUUUCCGAUUUCGUUGAUGAAGAUGCUCGGAAGAAUAACAGAGGAUCCGGAAUUCCUUCAAUUAUCUUCAGUUUGAACGCAUUAUUCAUCAAACCGGCCCAAUCUCUGGCGCCAGUUUUGAUAGUUCAUAUUCUCAAUGGUUCUGGCUAUCAGAUGUUGAUUGCGGCAAUAAUUUUGACGGAUGCGAUGAAGCCAAUUGUGCCAUGCGCACUUCUCUCGUGCUCAAUGGUCCCAUUUGCGACGUGCUCGAUGGCGAUCGGCGCUAUUUCAUGGGUGGUCCCUUCAAAAGUUUCCCAGAAGCUCGAUAAUGCUCUUUACCGCUCUUAUAUGCGACUCUGUUUAUUCGUGUUUGAAAAUUUGUCCGGAGUGCAGAUUUAUCUGCAUGGCCCGAAAAUUGAGGAAAUCGUCAACCGCGAAAAAGAUUCUGAGAAUACGAUCGUCAUCUCGAAUCAUCAAUCAAAUGUUGAUUGGAUUGUUCCCGUGAUGCUCGGAAUCCGGCAUGGAAAAGAGAGCAGCGAGCAAGCUUUUCGAGUAAUGGUCAAAUACUCCAUCCAUUUCGUUCCAUUGUUCGGAUGGUAUAUUUUUCAGCAUGGUUAUAUUUAUGUGCGGAGAUUUGGAAGCUUUAUUGGUGAGCCGGUGCUGAGACAACUCAGAUGGCUCGAGAAUUCGAUUCCACCCUAUUGGCUUCUGAUAUUUCCUGAAGGUACCAGAUACUCAAGUAAAAAGGAGAAAUUGAUAAAAAGCAGCAACGAGUUCCUUCAUAACGCGGGCCGUCGUCCGAUGCGCAACACGCUUUGCCCGCGCAGUGGCGGAUUACAGUUGGCACUUGACAAUUUGCGAACACUUGACGCCGUUUACGAUUUGACGAUUGUAUACGGGCAGACGGCGCAACAAGGGCGGAGGGGAUUGGCACCGGGCAUGUUCGAGUUCUGCUGCGGCUCAGCGCAAUUCAAACAGCUUCACAUUCAUUUGAAUCGAUUUGCGAAAGAGCAAGUGCCGAUUGAGAAGAUCGCUCUUCGCAAUUGGCUAAUUGACCGAUUCGAGGAGAAGGAGAAAGUCUUGGAAGAAUUCUAUACGACCGACGGAGCUGCUGCAUCUCCAGGGAUACCAGUUGAGUGCGUCUCGAUUCGCGACACCCUUCCGUCGACGCUGUUCUUCUGUUCCGCACUAAUUGCGCCAUUCUUCUCGACGACCGUCAAAUCGGUGUACCUCUACACACUGGCGUCGUCGCCGUUGCUCAUCGCAUGGCUGCACAUUCGCAAAUGCGCCUGA